AGUUUAUCUAAACAUGGCAGUCCCCAUUUUAUCCCUCUUCCUUCUCUUCAUCUCUAUCAAAUCUUCUGCAAAUAAUAUAACAAACACCUUCAUUGAUUGCCUAAACAGCUUUUCAGAACCAACUUUUCCCAUCAAUGGAACCAUCUACACUCCAGACAACUCUUCAUUCUCUUCCGUUUUCCAUGCAUACAUCCGAAACCCUGUUUUCUACAACUCCACCAGAACCAAACCCUCCUUGAUCAUCACUCCGUUGCACGUCUCACACAUCCAAGCCGCGGUCAUCUGCGCCCAACUACACGGACUGCAAAUGCGAACCCGAAGCGGUGGCCAUGACUACGAGGGCCUUUCUUACCUUUCCUACUCCAACACCCCGUUCUUCAUCCUGGACUUGUUUAAUUUACGCUCAGUCGAUGUUAACAUCGAACAAGAAACCGUAUGGGUCCAAACCGGAGCCACUCUUGGUGAAGUUUACUAUGGAAUUGCUGAGAAAAGCAACAUCCAUGGUCUCCCUGGUGGAGUUUGCCCUACGGUUGGGGUUGGUGGACAUUGCAGUGGGGCUGGUUAUGGAAACAUGCUUCGAAAGUACGGUCUAACUGCCGAUUGCAUAGUCGAUGCGCUGUUAGUUGAUGUGAAUGGCGCGGUUUUGGAUCGAGAGUCAAUGGGGGAAGAUUUGUUUUGGGCUAUUACUGGUGGUGGAGGUGCAAGUUUUGGUGUUGUUCUUGCAUUUAAAUUUAAAUUGGUUAGUGUCCCCCCUCAAGUUACUUUUUUCAAUUCCAAAAGAACGGUAGAAAGAAAAAUCAUAAAGAUUGCCGAAAAAUGGUUUCAUGUUGCUCAUAGAUUAGACAAAGAUCUAUUCAUCCGAAUGAGUUUUGAUGUCUCGACAGACAGAAAGGGAAUAAAGCAUGUUCAUGCUUCAUUCCCAAGCCUAUUUCUGGGAAACUCCACAAGGCUCUUGAGUCUUAUGGACGAUAGUUUCCCAGAACUAGGGUUACAGGAUUCAGAACUUGUUGAAAUGAGUUGGGUCGAGUCUGCGUUGGUUUAUGCAGGGUUCCCAGUUGGAACACCCAUCGAGACUCUACUUUCUCGAACGCAACAACCUGGACGAGAUAGACCAUUCAAGAUCAAAUCAGACUACUUAAAAAACCCUAUUUCGAAAAAAGGUUUAAAAUUCAUAUUCAAGAAAAUGAAGGAACUCCCAAACCAGAUGAUCACCUUCAGUCCGUUCGGUGGACGAAUGGAGGAGAUCUCAGAGUUUGCAAAACCAUUCCCGCAUCGAGCAGGCAAUCUUGCAAUGAUUGAGUAUGAAACAUACUGGAACGAGCUUGGGACGGAAGCCGCGAAAAAAAACUUGGAGUUUGCAAGGAAGAUGCAUGAGCAUAUGACACCAUACGUGUCCGAUAACCCUAGAGAAGCAUUUUACAAUUAUAGGGACUUGGACAAUGGUGUGAACCAUCAUGGGAAAUACAGUUAUGAAGAAGGUAUGGUUUAUGGGAUCAGGUAUUUCAAAGAGGUUAAUUAUAAUAGGCUUGUAAUGGUGAAGACCAUGGUUGAUCCCAAUAAUUUCUUUAGCAAUGAGCAAGGCAUCCCAGCUUUCCAAUCCUCAGAUGACAUGUAAUAUAAAUAAGCACUGUAUUUAUAUGAUGUAUGAUGAAACUAAUAGUAUAAAUAAGGGAAUGGGGAAAUUUCAUAUAUA